GGGGCCCCUUUCUUCCCCGCCGCCGCCGCCAUCAUGAGCAGCAAAGUAUCUCGGGAUACACUCUAUGAAGGUGUCCGGGAAGUCCUUCAGGGAUCCGUGACGAAGACUCGCAAGUUCCUGGAAUCCGUGGAGCUGCAAGUCAGCCUGAAGAACUACGACCCUCAAAAGGACAAACGUUUCUCUGGCACCGUCAGGCUAAAGACGGCUCCCCGCCCCAAGUUCUCCAUAUGUGUACUGGGCGACCAGCAACAUUGUGACGAGGCAAAGGCAGCCGAUCUCCCUCACAUGGACAUCGAGGCUCUAAAGAAACUGAACAAGAACAAGAAGAUGGUUAAGAAGCUUGCAAAGAAGUAUGAUGCGUUCCUUGCCUCCGAGUCCCUGAUUAAGCAGAUUCCUCGUAUUCUGGGCCCUGGUCUGAACAAAGCUGGCAAGUUCCCCUCCCUCCUCACCCACAAUGAGAACAUGAUCACCAAAGUCGAUGAAGUCAAAUCUACGAUCAAGUUCCAGAUGAAGAAGGUCCUGUGCUUGGCUGUCGCAGUUGGACAUGUUAAAAUGACUGAAGAGGAGCUGGUGUACAACAUUCACCUGGCCAUCAACUUCUUGGUAUCACUGCUGAAGAAAAAUUGGCAGAACGUGCGUGCCUUAUACAUCAAGAGCAGCAUGGGCAAGCCCCAACGCCUCUACUAAACGUUAUGUCAAAUGUUUUAAAAUAAAGAUUUUACAUAACA